AUGAGCUUGAAAGGAAAGAACACAGAGAGUGGAAACGACUCCAUAGCUGAUGAAAUAGUACCGGGGACUAUCCAUUUACUUGAUUUACAAGGAAUUCUUGAUGUGCAGAAAGAUCCCUACUCCAAGCACAACAUUAUUUUGAUUCCACAACCUUCAUCUAAUCCAAACGAUCCUCUCAGAUGGUCACUUGCUAAGAAGAAAUGUCAAUUUGCGUUCCUUUGGCUCUGGGCUUUCUUGAUGGCUGUUACUGUUGCAUGGUAUGGUCCAGCCUUUACACCGUGGGUCGAACAAUUGGGAGUUACAUACGGUGACUUAAGUAACACUACUGCUGUGUGUUUCCUCUUCUUGGGUUUAGGCUGUCUCUUUCUACAACCUACUGCUUUGAAGUUAGGUAGAAGGUUUGUGUACUUACUUUGUACUGUCUUAGCAAUAGUUGGAAAUAUCUGUGGUUCCCAAGCAAAAUCAAUUGCCUUAUUGUAUGUGUUUAAUUUGAUUUGUGGAUUUUCUGCCGCUCCUGUUGACUCUCUUGUUGAGAUUUCGACGACUGACGUUUUUUUUCAACAUGAGAGAGCUCGCUAUCUAUCUUUCUUCAUAUUUGCAUUGUACGCUGGUUCUGACUUAGGACCUGUUGCUGCGGGCUACAUAAUUGAUAAUAUGUCUUGGAAGUGGGGGUUCUAUUUUCAAAUCAUUUUCUUCGUGAUUUUGCUCGUAGCUCAAGUCUUUUUCAUGGAAGAUACUACUUUCAGUAGAUCUGAAGACAAUGGUCAGAAAUUGGAAGAGGAAAUACUUCAUCAAAUUAAGAGCCACGCAACAAUAAUGUCAUCUUCACCAAAUGAGGAAGUGCCUUCCGGCCUCGAUGGUAAAGUGAAUGCUACUGUCUCAGAAGGUAUAAUUGCAGCCGACAACAUUAGUUUAGACUCGUCCAUCCCUAAAAGAACAUACUGGCAAAGAAUGAGGCUAUUUGAAAGAGAGUAUAACGACCCAAGAUCAUGGUUGACAAUAUGGUAUAGACCAUUCUUUUUAAUUUCAUUCCCUGCGAUUAUAUGGGGAGGUUUGGUUUAUGGAUCCCAGAUGAUGUGGUUGUCACUUAUUCACACUACCCUGUCAGAACUAUACUCUGGAGCACCAUACCAUAUGUCAACUGAUGAAGUUGGAUUGACUAAUCUAAGCGCAUUUGUUGGAUCGGUUUUCGGUGUCUUAUAUGGUGCUACCUUUGUUGAUUGGUUGACAAUCAGGCUUUCUGAGAGAAACAAUGGAAUUUUAGAGCCAGAAUUCAGAUUAUGGUCUAUGGUUAUCCCCACUAUUUUGAAUGCAGCUGGCUUAUUGGCUUAUGGAUUAGGCCCUUCGUAUGGAGCACACUGGUUUGUUUCCGUGGGUAUUGGGUUAUGCUUGAUGGGAUUUGCAAUGGGUGCCACGGGAGGUAUUUGUUUGACAUACGUCGUUGAUAGUUACCCCAAAGUUGCCAGCGAAGGGCUAGUAUUGAUGUUGUUUCUAAGAAAUAUGAUUGGUAUGGGAUUCACAUUUGCUAUUCAACCGUGGCUUGCAAGAGAUGGGGUUAAGUUAACUACAUGGUUAAUGUUUAUGCUCAGUCUUGUUAUCAACGGAAGCUUUGUUCUACUUAUAAAGUGGGGUAAAGAUUGCAGAAGAUGGACAAAGGAAAGGUACUAUAAGUACUCGGACCCGAUGUUUGGCGAAUUGUUUAAGUAA